AUUUUGCCCAAUUUUGUGAACAAAGGUGUCUCCAUGCCUAUACUCACAGGACAUACCUUUGCGCAUUCGUCGACAUCUGUUGUACUUGUAUCUGAAGAAGAACCGCCACUGCCAUCUGACCCAGCUGUGGAUGAUGUCUCCUCAGAACCUGCUGCAGAUGUUGUUGUUGUGACCAAAAGGAAGUUCAAUUUCAAAUCGCUAAUAAAGUCCCUCUGCCUACUGAGAAUUCAAAAGAAGAACCGCUUGCGAGCGUGCACAACAGGAAGCGCAAAGCUUCUGCUGUUUGACACCCACAGUCAAU